AUGUUCCCCAAAUCUAUCUAUCUAUCUAUCUAUCUAUCUAUCUAUCUAUCUAUCUGGGUCCGUCCAUUCAGUAUCUAUCUAUCUAUCUAUCUAUCUAUCUAUCUAUCUAUCUAUCUAUCUAUUUGGGUCCGUCCAUUCAGUAUCUAUCUAUCUAUCUAUCUAUCUAUCUAUCUAUCUAUCUAUCUAUCUAUCUUGGUAUGUCCAUUCAGUAUCUAUCUAUCUAUCUAUCUAUCUAUCUAUCUAUCUAUCUAUCUAUCCGUAGAAGAACCUCAGCAUCCCAGUGAACCCGUGCUCGAGCUCAUUCACCAAAGCCGCUGCCAUGACCUUCCUCGACUCCUUGGAGGCAUUCGUGAUGAGCAAGCGGUGAGACUUGCGGUAGGGGGAUUAACCAAUGUCCUUCUUCAUCGUUCGGCAGAUCGUCGACUUGCGACAGCCCAUGGCAGCGGUGAUCUUGGCGUAGCUCUGGCUUCCAUCAUUGUCGACUGUCCUCUUGACUGA